CAUGGAAAAAUGAUCCGUGUUAGAUUUUCGGUGUUGGAAGUACUCUCCUUUUUACUACUAUCGCUCGUUGUUCUUGCGCUCGGACAGCAACAGGCGAAUCAGCCAUGUAUCCUCCCGAACGGAAGAGCUGGACGAUGUAUCCAGCUGGAGAAUUGUACCGAGAUAGCUUGGCUAGUGAACCGUAAAGUAUUAUAUCCUGGAGAACCGCAAACGAUUACAGCCGUAUUGAGUGCCUGUGGAAGUGAUGGAGAUUCAUUGGAUCCGAUCGUUUGUUGUGAAGCCCCAGCGUUAUCACCAGCAAGAAAAAUGAAACUUCCAGUGCUUUGCGGUACGACCCGGGAACAUCAACCCACAUAUCGUAUCGUUUCGGAUGCGACAGACGACGAUAAUGUUCACGUGUGGGCAGUUCUUUUGGAGAUUAAUAAGACCGACAGCAAAACCCCCGCCCGAUGUGCGGGAACCUUGAUCCAGGAACGCUUCGUACUGACCGCAGCUCAUUGUGUAUUUAAAUUACCCAAAGAAAAUAUCAAGCUGUUUUUUGGCGUAUCCAAAAUUAGCAAACUGCAGCAAUGUUUGGUACUUGGUGAAUGUCAGGAGCGCGGUGCUGCAGAAUUCAUCAUUCAUCCAGAGUACAAUCCUCACGCUCGGGCAAAUGAUAUAGCACUUAUUUGGUUAAAUAAUACGGUAGACCUCGACAGCGUUGUGCCAGCUUGUCUGCCGCUAAAUUACACUCUCGACGAGAGCGUAUCCCACGAAACACGUGUUCAUUCGGUUGGCUGGGGCAUAAACGAAAGCGGUGAGUAGCCUUUGCCCUCUGUCCAUACGCAGUGUACUAAAAGUAGUUUUCUUCUGCAGGAAAUUGGAGCGAUUCGAAGGGUGUAGUAUUGUUGAAUGUUAAA